GGAGCUGACAAGAUGGCGGCUGGAGGGGCUGUCGCUGCGGCGCCUGAGUGCCGGCUUUUGCCCUAUGCGCUACACAAAUGGAGCUCCUUCUCCUCCACCUACCUUCCCGAGAACAUUUUAGUGGAUAAACCAAACGACCAAUCUUCAAGGUGGUCUUCAGAAAGCAACUAUCCUCCCCAGUACUUGAUUCUGAAGCUUGAAAGGCCUGCUAUAGUUCAGAAUAUCACGUUUGGAAAAUAUGAGAAAACUCAUGUCUGCAAUUUGAAGAAGUUUAAAGUCUUUGGUGGAAUGAAUGAAGAAAAUAUGACAGAGCUGUUGUCUAGUGGCUUAAAGAAUGAUUAUAACAAAGAAACAUUCACCUUGAAGCACAAAAUUGAUGAACAGAUGUUCCCUUGUCGAUUCAUUAAAAUAGUUCCACUCUUGUCCUGGGGGCCUAGCUUUAACUUUAGCAUCUGGUAUGUUGAACUUAGUGGCAUUGAUGAUCCUGACGUAGUACAACCCUGUCUCAACUGGUACAGCAAGUACCGUGAACAGGAAGCCAUUCGCCUUUGCCUAAAACACUUCAGACAACACAACUAUACAGAGGCUUUUGAAUCACUGCAAAAGAAAACCAAGAUUGCUCUGGAACAUCCCAUGUUAACAGAUCUUCAUGACAAAUUGGUUUUGAAGGGUGAUUUUGAUGCUUGCGAAGAGUUGAUUGAAAAAGCUGUAAAUGAUGGCUUGUUCAAUCAGUAUAUCAGUCAACAGGAAUAUAAACCACGAUGGAGUCAAAUUAUUCCCAAAAGCACCAAAGGUGAUGGAGAAGAUAACCGACCAGGAAUGAGAGGAGGCCAUCAGAUGGUUAUUGAUGUUCAAACAGAGACUGUUUAUUUGUUUGGUGGCUGGGACGGAACACAAGAUCUUGCUGACUUCUGGGCAUACAGUGUGAAGGACAACCAGUGGACAUGUAUCUCUAGAGACACUGAGAAAGAGAAUGGUCCUAGUGCCAGAUCAUGUCAUAAGAUGUGCAUUGACAUUCAGCGGAGGCAAAUCUACACAUUGGGGCGUUAUUUGGAUUCCUCUGUGAGGAACAGCAAAUCUCUGAAAAGUGACUUCUAUCGUUAUGACAUUGACACGAACACAUGGAUGUUACUAAGUGAAGAUACUGCUGCUGAUGGAGGACCGAAAUUGGUGUUUGAUCAUCAGAUGUGUAUGGACUCAGAAAAACAUAUGAUCUACACCUUUGGUGGUAGGAUUUUGACAUGUAAUGGCAGCGUAGAUGACAGCAGAGCCAGUGAACCGCAAUUCAGUGGGUUGUUUGCUUUCAACUGCCAGUGUCAAACCUGGAAACUUCUUCGAGAGGACUCCUGUAAUGCUGGGCCUGAGGACAUCCAGUCUCGGAUAGGACACUGCAUGUUGUUCCACUCAAAAAAUCGUUGCUUAUAUGUGUUUGGUGGCCAGCGAUCAAAGACCUAUUUGAAUGAUUUCUUUAGUUAUGAUGUGGACUCUGAUCAUGUAGACAUAAUAUCAGAUGGCACCAAGAAGGACUCUGGGAUGGUUCCAAUGACAGGAUUUACACAGAGAGCAACUAUAGAUCCAGAACUGAAUGAAAUACAUGUUUUAUCUGGACUCAGCAAAGAUAAGGAAAAGAGGGAAGAAAACGUCAGAAAUUCAUUCUGGAUUUAUGACAUUGUGAGGAAUAGUUGGUCUUGCGUGUAUAAGAAUGAUCAGGCUGCAAAGGACAAUCCAAGUAAAAGUCUUCAGGAAGAAGAACCAUGUCCAAGAUUUGCCCAUCAGCUUGUAUAUGAUGAGCUACACAAGGUUCAUUAUUUGUUUGGUGGAAAUCCAGGAAAAUCUUGCUCUCCAAAGAUGAGAUUAGAUGACUUCUGGUCACUGAAGUUGUGUAGACCUUCAAAAGAUUACUUAUUGAGGCAUUGCAAGUACCUCAUAAGAAAACACAGGUUUGAAGAAAAGGCCCAGUUGGAUCCCCUUAAUGCUCUGAAAUAUUUACAAAAUGAUCUUUAUAUAACUGUGGAUCAUUCAGACCCAGAAGAGACGAAAGAGUUUCAGCUCCUAGCAUCAGCUCUGUUCAAAUCUGGCUCAGAUUUUACAACUCUAGCCUCCCCUGUGACCAGACAAGCCCAAGCAUAUGGCUCUGCUGCGAGGAAUCAGGCAAUGUCACUCCAGCCAGUGAGGGAGGAGACAGCAGGCUGUGAGGAGCUCUGACGACGGCAGCAGUGACAGCAAAUGCCAGUGGUGGUGCAAGUGGUACCAGACGAGUGUCCUGACAGCACCUGGAACUUGGCACGGGUGGGCAGUGCUGGCCUCUUUGGACCAGCUCCCAGCCUGACCUAGGUGAUGUUCCAGCAAUCCCAGCACUCUGGACGCUGGACAGUAUCCUGAUGUCUUGCACGUACACAUUUUGCUACUGAGAAGCAGAAAUUUGUGAUCAGGAAUGGAUACAGGCGGCAAGACUUCAGGGAUUAGUUUUUGAGCUAUACUGGGGCUAAAGAGCAGUCAAAAUUCUUCAAGUAUUAAGGGACAGGACUGUAGUAUCUUGUGACAUCUUGCAGGGAUCAGUCACAUGGUACCCUCUCAUCUAGAAUGAAGUGCCAUCAAGUAGCUCUGGUGGAGCUGAGUGGUUGUGCCCUGGAAGAGCAGGAAAGGUGCCGGACUAGGACAUGCGCUGACAAUCCAGGAGACGUCAGGGCCCGCAACUUUUCCUUCUUGGUAGUUAAUAAAUAAUGGUGCUUCUCAUAAUGGAUGAUAUCACAGUGGAUUCUGGCAAAAGAGAUUAUAUUGCUUAGGGGAAUACAUUAGCAUAUGUGAGGAAUUAAGG